AUGCACUUCGUCCUAGUCCAGCAGCGCUCUGGAACGCCAGCGACGCCUCGUGUUGCAGGGGUUGGCGCCAGUAGCAGCUCCGGCGGCGGCGGCGGCGGCGGCGGCGGCGAGGCGCGUCGUGGCCGGCGGGCCACGCCCCCUCGCCGCUGCGCGGUGUGCGGGGACCGCGCCUACAGCCUGCACUUCGGCGGCCUGUCGUGCGACAGCUGCAAGGCCUUCUUCCGGCGCUCCGUGCAGAGCCGCGCCUGCCUCACCUUCCGCUGCCCCCACUCCAGGCCCUGCCUCGUCACAGUCACCUCCCGCCGCUGUUGCCAGGCAUGUCGUUAUGCCAAGUGUUUGGCAGCUGGCAUGGAGCCGGGUUGGGUUUUAAGUGAACAAGAGCGCCAUCAGAAGGUUGCCAAGAAAUGUGCAGAAUCUCCAACGCAGGACAAUAAGUGUGGUGCUGCAAGGAAGAGAGAGGUUUGCCAACAAACACAAAACGCUGCUGAACUACCCAAGCACCUGUCACCGGCAGAACUGCACGAUCUCAACGCUAUUAUCUCGGCGUUUCGUAGGGCGUGUGAAAACUGCACAGCACAGAACCAGGCUAAAGACGCCACAGGCAGGGUGAUCGAGGCGACGAAUUUUCCUUACCAUUUAACAAUGCCGACAAAUGGUGAAAUUGCUCACAAUUCUGAAAUUAACAGUUGUUUCUUGGACAAUAAGUGUGAAACUGUGAUUGAUGAAGGAAAUGGUAAAACAGAGAAUGUUGAAGAUGACCUAAAUUUUUUAGAACACCUCUUCGUGCAGCCAGAGACACAGGUUCUGGAUACCCAGCACCCUUUACCAACAGAACAAGGCUGUACACCACAGUGGAGCUCAGCAUCAGAGUUCCAGUGGAAUACACCAGUUCACAACAAUGGCCCAAUAAAUACCUGCAUGGAGGUCACCUCUGGCUACGGUGAAACAGAAGGAAUGCAGCAGCUCUACACAUGUCCUACCACAUAUUUACCUGAUGUUUAUUGA